GUGGAUGCAGAGAAAGAAGAUCUUGAUAAUCUUCAACCGUGAAGACGUGGAAGGACGCGGAGAUAAUAUUAAUAUAACUAUUAAAAUCGUCUAGUGUACUCUAUGUGUUAAAAUAUAUUACUUUGAAAACCGUAUCAGUUACUAAACAAAAAAUUGGGCUACUAUUAUUACAAAUUCGUUACUUUUAGACCGUCAGCUCGCUACUUUCAGCAAUUCGGGCAUGGCUGCUCUGGCAUCCCUGAGAUAGGAGAGAACCCUGGCCAAAACACUUGCUUAGCGCGGGUCGAGUGUCUUACCACUGCACCACAGGGAUUAUAUGUAAGGGUGUGCUUGCAUACAAAAUAGUGCGUGAACUAUACCUCAUGAGUCCUGAAGGUAUAAUAGAAGCUUACGUGUAUCCAGUGUUCCUGGCCAGCAGUGAUGAGGAGCUCAUUACCCGCAUGAGUUAUGGAACGAUGAUAUAUGGGUUACUGACGCUCCUGGCCCCUGAGGCUCCUUACGGCAGGUACGCCAGCUCCUCCAGCUGGAGUGUCCCGGCCAAGCUGGCCUGGGCCCUGCAGGAGUCUCCAGCCUUCUUCGUGCCCGUCCUGCUGGUGGCCUUCGGCAGGCGGACUGCUUACGCGGGAUUGGUUAACCAGCUGUGUUUAGGCAUGUUUAUCAUGCAUUACUUUCAAAGAUCCUUCAUCUUCCCUCUCUUGAUGAAGAGCAGCAAGCCGACUCCAUUUCUACCAUUCUUCUUUGCAUUUCUAACCUGCCUCUAUAAUGGAAUUCUUCAUGGGCUAUACUUUGUCAACUUCUAUCACUACAAAAAUGAAGACUGGCUAUAUUGUCCAAAUUUUUACAUGGGAUUCGUAUUAUUUAUUUAUGGUAUGAAGACCAACAUUGGAGCAGAUGCAGCAUUAAGAAACUUGAGAAAAGGGAAUGAAACAGGCUAUAAAAUACCUACAGGAGGAUUGUUUGAGAAAAUCUCAUGCCCCAACUAUUUUGGUGAGAUUGUGGAAAUGUGGGGGUAUGCUUUGGCCAGUCUCUCCCUUCCUGCUGUUGCACAUGCAGUCUUCACAACGCUCUUCUUGUCCAGGAGAGCACUUGAUCACCAUAGGUGGUACAUAAAGAAGUUUGAAGACUACCCUAAAAGCCGUAAAGCUGUAAUUCCAUUUCUACUUUAGUAAGGAAGACAACAGCCUUAAGUGGUUGUUGCUGGUAAUACUUCAUCACAUGUCCAAAACUCAUAAAAUAUUAGGUGAAAUACACAAUAUAUUUUAGAUAUUCAGUACUGUAUAUUGUAUUGUAAAAACUACAAUUUUAUGAAGAGUGUUUAACUAAUACAUAUCACAUCUUGAGGCCUUCAAUAUAUAUAGAAUGAAUAAUAAUCUGAGAACUACAGAGAAAAAAAUAACUUUUUGCAUUUACUAAGAAAAGAUUAAGUUGUUUCUGCAGUUUCUGAGAAUCAUUGUUAGUACACUGUUAGUACAGCUCAUUCUCCUGAUUUCCCACUUCAGAAAAAAAGAAAAAAAGCAACGGUUUUGCCUAACCAGAAUCAUAUAAACCCAAGCAACCCACAUAACCUAUCGAGGCCAAUGCAUAGAAAAUGUCAAAAUUAUAGUGUACAGUAUUCACUUUCACCAAUAAUCACAUUUUAAUGGAUUAUGUUAAAAAUGUGACAUAUUUGGUGAGAGAAUGGGUUGAUUAGCAAGCCAUCCAUUUACAGGUAUUAUUAAUUGAGAAGGCCUCUAGAUGAAAAUAAGCAGCCUUCAUAAUGUUGAUUUUUGUAUCAAAUACUGUAAUUUGCAAGAGUGCAGAAUUAUAAAAAAUAUAUUAAAUCUUGUUAUUCUAGUUGAUGGUGCUGCAUAGCCUUCCUGGCUUGGUGCCUCUUUGAUAAUUACUUACUUACUUGUUAUUCUAGGACUUGAUACUUUAGGAAUCUUAGUUAUUCAGCACAAUUUUUAUAAUAUUUAACUUUUUUAUUAAAAACAAAACAAAAAAAAAAUCCUAUGCAGUCACACAUUUCUCCUUUGCAAAAUUAUAGUUAUGAUAUAUUGCACUCUCUUUAUCCUUGAUGGAAACCACUACACAGACUAGUUAAUGACUAAAGUAAUUAGGGCUAUAAUGGUGCUAAACAUUAAAAAUAAUGUGGGAUGCUUAAUGUACUGGAGAUGUCUGCACUUCAAAUAAAAGCAUGAACAAA